CUGCGCUUCUCUUCUUCGGGGCAGAGUCUGGUGUGUGUGCGAGUGGGAGAUGGACCUCGGGUGCUCUUCCGAUUAGCAAAUGCUAACAGAGACUCGCUUAGCAAGUGAUAAAACAGACUAGGUUGGCCUUAGCCUAAAACAACAACAAAUAACUUUACUAUCUUUCACAUCCGCUCCACACACACCAACACGGGAUUGAUGGUAAUGUAUGCAAGGAGACCAGCGAAAGUCGGCGAUGGGUGCAACGACCGAAGGGAUUCACAGCCCUAUCAGACUCUUAAAUACUCAUCAAAGAGUCACCCCGGUAGCGACCACAGACAUGACAAGAUGCGAGACCCAGCUGAUGCUACCCCACCAUGCAAAAUCCUGCGUCGAUCUGACAGCCCAGACAACAAACACACCGACACUUCGAGUCAUGGCCGGGCGAAACCGAUCCACGCACACCGAGUCAGAGAGAGGGAUGGAGGGACCAGCAUUUCCCCUCAGGAGAAUUCCCACAACCACAGCGUUCUGCACAGCGCCAACUCUCAUUCCAACCCCAACAGGACGGCUGACGCACCCUAUGAACCUGCAGAUGAUUGGUCAGAGCACAUUAGUUCCUCUGGGAAGAAGUACUACUACAACUGCAGGACGGAGGUGUCACAGUGGGAGAAACCCAAGGAGUGGCUUGAAAGAGAGCAGAGGCAGAAGGAGGCUGCCAAAACAACGGUAGUCAACAACUUCCCCAAAGACAGAGACUACAGACGGGAGGCCAUGCAGGCCACGGUUGCCUCCAGCUUCCCCAAUAAGUCUGUACCCGAGAAGCCUUCCCUGUCCUCCACGUCCCAGUCCACCUCCUCCUCCUCCUCUUCCUCGUCAUCUGCUGCGGCGGUGGCAGUGGCGAGCACGGCGUCUAGCCAGGGCGGCUCGUCCUCGGCGGCCGCCACGGUGCCCGUGUCCCCCGUGCUGCAGUCCCCCGUCACGCCCAGCCUGCUCCAGGACCCCUCCCUCCUCCGCCAGCUGCUGCCUGCCCUGCAGACCGCCCUGCAGCUCAACAACGCCAGCGUGGACAUGGCCAAGAUCAACGAGGUUCUGACAGCAGCCGUGACUCAGGCGUCACUGCAGUCCAUGCUGCAUAAGAUCCUCACGGCCGGCCCAUCUGCCUUCAACAUCACCUCCCUGCUCUCCCAGGCUGCCCAGCUGUCCAACCAAGCUCAGCCCUCCAGCCAGUCGCCCAUGUCCCUGACCUCGGACGCCUCGUCGCCCCGCUCCUACGUGUCCCCCCGCAUCAGCACCCCGCAGACCAACACCGCGCCCCAUAAGCCCCUGCUCAGCACGCCGCCCAUCGCCACCCAGGCAAAGGUGAACACACCUGUGGUGAAGGCUGGCUCUCUUCCCCAGCCCACCCCCCAGCAGCCCCUCCCCACAGACAAGCACCACGACACGGCCAGCUCUCCUCGCACCCUGCAGAGACAGAGCAGUCAAAGAAGCCCCUCACCAGGGCCCAACCAUGUCGCCGCGAGCAACAGCAGCACCAAUAACAAUGGCAGCAACAGUAGAGUGGGUGGGGCCGCAGCAGGCGGUGGGCAGGCCCAGGUGGACCCCACAGGAAGGCCGGGCUGCUUCACGCCCUCUCUGGCGUCGCACUUUGAUGAGAACCUCAUCAAGCACGUGCAGGGAUGGCCAGCAGAGCACGUGGAGAAACAGGCGUCUCGGCUACGCGAGGAGGCCCACACCAUGGGCAGCAUCUACAUGUCGGAGAACUGCACGGAGCUGAAGAACCUGCGCUCCCUUGUGCGAGUUUGUGAGAUCCAGGCCACGCUGCGUGAGCAAAGGAUACUGUUCUUGAGACAGCAAAUUAAGGAACUUGAAAAGCUGAAGAAUCAGAAUUCCUUCAUGAUGUGAGAAGUUGAGUGUGCCAGAGCGUUGGGGAUCUGAAAAAGGAGUGGAGAGGAGAGAGGGGUUAAAGAACAUGCGUGUGUGAGUGCAUGUGGCCUGCGUGCGUGUGCGUCAGUGAGUGUGUACACGUGUGUGUGUGUGUGUGAGAGAGAGUUGGCUUGCAUGUGUGUUCGAUGUUUUGUGUGGUUUAUCAACAUGUUGCACACAUUCAGAACCCUGGAGAGCCAUGGUUGUGCUAUAUUUGGGCUCCAGUAUGCCCAUAAACAGAACUGCAUCCACUUCUGGACCAAGAGGGAGAAUGUGUGUAUGUGUGUGCGCCUGUGUGUGUGUGCGCGUGUGCGUGUGUGUGUUUGCUGUGGGUGGAUGUGAGUCUCGGGUGUUUGAAACAGGAAUGCCCCAUGCCUCUCCUCUCUGCCUUUUGGGCGUGUAGAUUUCCAGUAGAUGUUAUUUCCAUGUUUGUAAAUAGGUUUUGUAGAAGCCAUGGAAAGCCAUGCCUAUCAGACAAGAAAAAAAAACACACAUACGAAAGAGGAGGAAUAAAAAAAUUAAAAAAGCUUUCAACAUCCAAACAAUGGAACCGACAUCAACUGGGCCCCCACUGUCAGCCGGCUAACGUCCGGAACCUUCCCCCUGCUCUAGAGGAGUCGGAGGGGACGCCAGUCGGCUGUUUCCCUCUCCCCCUUCUUUGUGGUAGACUGAGCGGCGAACCAUUUUUUUUUUGCCCUGAGCACGCACCACGGACCUGCAUGGAUAUGAUGGGGAAGAUCCAGAAUGGGAGUGUCACUGAACACCUAACCCCCCCAAAAAAAUCAUUACCCAACCCCCUACCGUCACCUUUUUGCCCUCAACACUUAAUGAACAUACCCCCCACACACACACGAAAACAGAUGAGGCACAGUCAUGUGUCCACUCCGCGCUGGAUGAUACCCGCUUCCUCACAGGCUGCAUACACACGUCUGCAGUUUUUCCCGCUACUUCUCCCGUUUCAUAAAUACAUACUUCCCUACAUGGACAGACAUCAACAAACGCGCACUCGAGUCUAAUGACUGUUUACUCAUUGUAUGGACUGUAAUGCUGAAACGUACCUGGUUAGCAGUGUAGUCUCCUGUAUCCUCUCUUUGUCUACUGGCGGUCUGGUUAUGAGGGGUGGGGGCCUCCCCUGUCUGUCCAACUAGCCGUCUGUUUGGCCGGACGCAAAGCCUCCAGUGAUGCUCCGAUACUGCCCCCUGGUGACCUCGCUCCAGUACUGCAAUCACCAAUGCCUGUCAGUAUGAUGGGAGGAAAAAGAAAACGAGGGGCAGGGGGGCAGGCUGAGGGGCAAAGAGGAUUGAGGAGGGGGGCUAGUUGGCGAGAGGGCGCACAGUUGGGCAAGUGAGAGGGCAAGGACCAUCGGUGCCGCAGUGCAACAGAAUGGUCCCACCCUGGGGGCCCAAACAACCCAGCACGCAAAACCACCAAUCAGUAAUGCUUUGUUCUCCAAGCGUGGACAUGUGGUGGUUAGUUGCUGGAACUCUUGCUUCUCUCCCAACUGAAUUUCUUUUUUUUUCCCGUUGUUUCUGGGUUUUUCUUUUUUUUUUUUUACUUUCCAUCCAGACUCUCUUUUUCUUGUGUAUUUCUGUUGCCCGUCUGUCCGUCUGUUUUUAAAAGCUGUACUUUAAAAAGAAAAUGAGUGCAACACGUUCUGUCAAGAACAGGACGUGCCCUCACAUCAAACAAAAAGACCAUUCCUUUGUACAGUUGCUGAAGUAGUAAUGGAAUUUGAAAAAGAGAGAGCCGCUUUAUUUCAAAAAAAAAAAAAAAGUUGCAGUGAUUAUUAGUAUAUCAGAUAUGUUGUAUCCAUAAAUUAUUGCUGCACAUUUUUCAUUUGCACCCUGUACGUUCAGAUGGAGAGGGAAGUGUAUGUGGGUGGCUGGGAGAGAGCGGGGAGAGUUGUGCUGCUGAGGAUGCUGGACGUGAGGGGGGCUCACACAGGCAAGGACUGGACAUUACGUGGCCCACCCCACCCUUCCUCAUCGUCAGGGUCAGAACAGAGAAAGACAGACAGGCAGGGGUCACAAGGUCAAAUGUGAAUUGUAUGUAUUGUAAUAAACAUUCUAACUAAAGCGAGCACUGGUUCUGAUUUAUUGUUUUUCUUUUCUUGUUUUUGUUUUGGUUUAUAUUUUUGGUUUCUUUGGUAUUUUUUCGGUUUUUCUUGGUCUGGGUAUUUCUAGUGCCUUGUUGAAAGUCUGACCUCCUGUGUCGCUGCUCUCGUGUGAGCACCCAAACUCUUCCUCAGUCUCAUUGUGUCUCAUGACUUCAACAAGGACUCCAUCAUCACCAUCCCACGCACCUCUGCCUUGGCCACGGCGCCGCUGACAUCACGAAGCGCCAGUCUGUAAACUCGUUCAUGCCCUCAUCAAUCAGGACAAAGCAGCUCAUUGUUCUGUAAUGUUUUCCUGACAUAUAUGGAAAAAAGUACAUAAUGAUAAAUAAAACUAAAAAUCAUUUAA